AUGCCAGCUCCCAGGAAGAAGCAGACCAUGACUGUGAAGCAUUGGGAAACUGAAGCACUCUCCCUCAGGAGACUCGCCUUCUUCGGAGUGGCCAUUUCCACCGCUGCCGCUCUCAUCUGCAUCAUCUCGGUGCCAAUGCUCUACAAUUACAUGCAGCACGUCCAAUCGGUCAUGCAGAACGAAAUCGACUUCUGCAAAUCCCGUUCGGGAAACAUCUGGAGAGAAGUGACUCGCACUCAGGCAAGUUUGGCACCAGCCCUCUUUCACAAAGCCUCAAAAAGCUCUGCUUUUCAGGUUCUCAAUAAAGAACUAACCAGAAACCGUCGUCAGGCCGGUGGUGGAUGCUGCGGAUGCGGUGUAUCUCCAGCUGGACCACCUGGACCACCUGGUCCAGAUGGAGAGGCCGGAGGUGAUGGAGAACCAGGACGGCCAGGAAAUGAUGGCCCUGAUGGACCACCAGCCACACCAGCUCCACCCGUCAACCCUUGUUACAACUGUCCCCCUGGCCCACCAGGACCCCCAGGAAACCCAGGAGGCCAAGGACAGCCAGGAAACCCAGGAUCAGACGGACAACCAGGAAACCCCGGAAACCCAGGAGGAGCUGGACAGCCUGGACCACCAGGACCACCCGGAAACAACGGAGCACCAGGAAAUCCAGGAGCACCUGGAUCGCCUGGAACUCUCAACACCGUACCCGGACCCCAAGGACCACCCGGACCACCUGGGCCACAAGGACCUCCCGGACCCGACGGAAACCCUGGAGGCCCAGGAAACAAUGGUAACGAUGGACCACCAGGACCUCCUGGAGACAACGGAAACCCAGGAGCACCUGGACAACCUGGUGAUAACGGAUCCCACGGAGAUGAUGGAGAAAAUGGAGGACCAGGAGGUUGCGAUCACUGCCCCCCACCUCGCACUGCUCCAGGAUAUUAG